AUGAAGUGAGUCUAGUAACACUAUUGUACCAAGUUCAAUGUCAUAAAACGGAUCAGUGACUCAAAGAUCAAAUUAAUUUGUGGCUUCUUGUGUUCUCACAACAGAAUUAUCCAUCAAGAUGGUUACUCUCUUGAAGAGUCUAUGGAGUUUGUUACCAUCAUCUACAGCAACACCCUUCAGUCCAUUAUGGCCAUUGUAAAGGGUAUGACUCAACUCAACAUUGGCUAUGGUGACUCUGCUCAGCAGGUAGCUACUGACUGUCUACAGCAGGGCUUCCCAAACUCGGUCCUGUGUUUUUGUACUUGCUUGUGUCUGUAUGUGUGUGUGUCUGUAGGACGACUCCAGGAAGCUCGUGCACCUGGCAGACACCAUUGAGGAGGGCUCCAUGCCCAAGGAGCUGUCUGACAUCUUCAUCUGGCUGUGGAAGGACACUGGUAUCCAGGCAUGCUACGACAGGGCCUCUGAUUACCAGUUUAACGACUCUGCUGGAUAGUAGGUUCACUCUCCUGGACUGGACCAUCCCCAUCCCUGUUCCCUUUUCCCCAUGACAGCACUACCAUCAUAUCUACAAAGGGCUGGUUUCCCAGACACAUAUUAAGCUUAGUUCUGGACUAAAACACUCUUUGAAUGAAGGAUCUCCAUUGAGAAUGCUUUUUAGUCCAGGACCAGGCUAUGUGUCUGGGAAACUAGCCCCUAAGAGCUUUGUCCUCUCUUACUAGUGUGUUGAUUUACCAGAUGAAGGAAGGAGGUUGUUCAUAACCUCUCUCUCUGUGUCCCACCUAGCUAUCUGAAUGACUUGGAGAGGCUGGUCCAGCCUGGAUAUAUCCCCACUGAGCAGGACAUGUUGAGAUCCAGGGUGAAGACAACUGGUAUCAUAGAGACCCAGUUUGGCUUAAAAGAGCUCAACUUCAGGUGAGGCUAAAAACACAACGCAAGACAAUUAUACCUUCAUUAAUCCCCAUUGAUCAGAAUCACAAACACACUGAAAAGCAACAAUUAUCUUUAAGUAAUCCAAUGAGCUUAGAUGACAAUAACAUUGUAAUAAUAUAGUAAUAACAUUGGCGAUCAACACUGACAUUGACAUAUGCCUCUCUCUCGCUGUCCUGCAGGAUGUUUGACGUGGGCGGCCAGCGCUCAGAGAGGAAGAAAUGGAUCCACUGCUUUGAGGGUGUGACCUGUAUUAUAUUAAUCGCUGCUCUGAGCGCCUACGACAUGGUGCUAGUGGAGGAUGACGAAGUGGUGAGAUGAUGAUAUCAUCAUCAUCAUACACACUAGACUGAAGGAGUCACUGUUGGAUGAAGUGGUGAGAUAUCAUCAUAGACACUAGAUUGAGGUAGUCAUUGUAGGAGGAAGUGGUGAGAUAUCAGCAUCAUAGACACUAGAUUCAGGUAGUCACUGUAGGAUGAAGUGGUGAGAUAUCAUCAUAGACACUAGAUUGAAGGAGUCACUGUAGGAGGAAGUGGUGAGAUAUCAGCAUCAUACACACUAGAUUCAGGUAGUCACUGUAGGAUGAAGUGGUGAGAUAUCAUCAUAGACACUAGAUUGAAGGAGUCACUGUAGGAGGAAGUGGUGAGAUAUCAGCAUCAUACACACUAGAUUGAAGUAGUCACUGUAGGAGGAAGUGGUGAAAUAUCAGUAUCAUAGACACUAGAUUGAGGUAGUCACUGCAUUGUCUCACGUCAGAUAGCGCAGCGGCCGUCUGCACUGAUGGCUCCUGGAGAUGCUUGUCUCAUUAGAAUGAUGCCAUCUGACGGAAGACAAUGGUAAUCACUGUGGCACUGUAUGGACAAAGUAGUGGCUUUGUGGUCUCAUGGAGAGAUUAAUUGUAGAGAAAUUAGUUUAAUUAGCUUAUUUCAUGCAUGUAAUCGAUUUGUCCCUCUUUUGUGUGAUUCUCUCCUCAUGAAGAACCGAAUGCACGAGAGUCUCCACCUGUUCAACAGUAUCUGCAACCACCGCUACUUUAUUGCCACCUCCAUUGUACUCUUCCUCAACAAGAAAGACGUCUUCACCGAGAAGAUCAAGAAGGCUCACCUCAGCAUGUGCUUCCCCGACUACGACUGUGGGCUCACAACAGCAGAUCUGUCACUGGCCUAUUCUUUUUGGAACACUGUGUUUUCGCAAUGUUCUUUUGAUGUUAGACCAAUGUUAGAGCUUAACUAUUGCAUAGUGUUUGUCAUCCGUAGCAUAAGCCAGCUUUGAUUUCAGUUCUGUUGAGUCUUUUGACAGUAUUGUAAGUAUUAUUUCCCUAAAUGUUGUUUGAUUCCCUGUAGGCCCCAACACGUAUGAGGAUGCUGGUAUCUACAGUGGGGGAAAAAAGUAUUUAGUCAGCCACCAAUUGUGCAAGUUCUCCCACUUAAAAAGAUGAGAGAGGCCUGUAAUUUUCAUCAUAGGUACACGUCAACUAUGACAGACAAAUUGAGAAAAAAAAUCCAGAAAAUCACAUUGUAGGAUUUUUUAUGAAUUUAUUUGCAAAUUAUGGUGGAAAAUAAGUAUUUGGUCACCUACAAACAAGCAAGAUUUCUGGCUCUCACAGACCUGUAACUUCUUCUUUAAGAGGCUCCUCUGUCCUCCACUCGUUACCUGUAUUAAUGGCACCUGUUUGAACUUGUUAUCAGUAUAAAAGACACCUGUCCACAACCUCAAACAGUCACACUCCAAACUCCACUAUGGCCAAGACCAAAGAGCUGUCAAAGGACACCAGAAACACAAUUGUAGACCUGCACCAGGCUGGGAAGACUGAAUCUGCAAUAGGUAAGCAGCUUGGUUUGAAGAAAUCAACUGUGGGAGCAAUUAUUAGGAAAUGGAAGACAUACAAGACCACUGAUAAUCUCCCUCGAUCUGGGGCUCCACGCAAGAUCUCACCCCGUGGGGUCAAAAUGAUCACAAGAACGGUGAGCAAAAAUCCCAGAACCACACAGGGGGACCUAGUGAAUGACCUGCAGAGAGCUGGGACCAAAGUAACAAAGCCUACCAUCAGUAACACACUACGCCGCCAGGGACUCAAAUCCUGCAGUGCCAGAUGUGUCCCCCUGCUUAAGCCAGUACAUGUCCAGGCCCAUCUGAAGUUUGCUAGAGUGCAUUUGGAUGAUCCAGAAGAGGAUUGGGAGAAUGUCAUAUGGUCAGAGGAAACCAAAAUAUAACUUUUUGGUAAAAACUCAACUCGUCGUGUUUGGAGGACAAAGAAUGCUGAGUUGCAUCCAAAGAACACCAUACCUACUGUGAAGCAUGGGGGUGGAAACAUCAUGCUUUGGGGCUGUUUUUCUGCAAAGGGACCAGGACGACUGAUCCGUGUAAAGGAAAGAAUGAAUGGGGCCAUGUAUCGUGAGAUUUUGAGUGAAAACCUCCUUCCAUCAGCAAGGGCAUUGAAGAUGAAACGUGGCUGGGUCUUUCAGCAUGACAAUGAUCCCAAACACACCGCCCGGGCAACGAAGGAGUGGCUUCGUAAGAAGCAUUUCAAGGUCCUGGAGUGGCCUAGCCAGUCUCCAGAUCUCAACCCCAUAGAAAAUCUUUGGAGGGAGUUGAAAGUCUGUGUUGCCCAGCGACAGCCCCAAAACAUCACUGCUCUAGAGGAGAUCUGCAUGGAGGAAUGGGCCAAAAUACCAGCAACAGUGUGUGAAAACCUUGUGAAGACUUACAGAAAACGUUUGACCUGUGUCAUUGCCAACAAAGGGUAUAUAGCAAAGUAUUGAGAGACUUUUGUUAUUGACCAAAUACUUAUUUUCCACCAUAAUUUGCAAAUAAAUUCAUAAAAAAUCCUACAAUGUGAUUUUCUGAAAAAAAUAAUCUCAUUUUGUCUGUCAUAGUUGACGUGUACCUAUGAUGAAAAUUACAGGCCUCUCUCAUCUUUUUAAGUGGGAGAACUUGCACAAUUGGUGGCUGACUAAAUACUUUUUUCCCCCACUGUACAUCAAACUCCAGUUCCUGGACCUGAACUUGCAGCGAGAUAUCAAGGAGGUCUACUCACAUAUGACCUGUGCCACAGACACAGAGAACGUUAAGUUUGUGUUUGACGCCGUAACUGACAUCAUCAUCAUCAAAGAACAUCUAAAAAGCUGUGGUCUCUUCUAAGAGCCACAUUGUACAGCCGUAUAGGUGAGUGGAACUCUUCUGACCUAGACUAUACCAAGACACUGAGAGAUUGUCUGCCUCUGGGAUAAUACUCUGCCCAUUGAAUCCAAAAGCCCCAUAGUUAACUAUAGUUUACCUGGAAGGGGCCACACACAACUCACUAUGAAUCAGCACAUAAUUUCUCUGUCACUCACCCAAUGGCACACACUUUGUUAUUUCCUCUAAACACUCCUCUGUCCGUUUCAGGCUGUUGGUUUACCACCUAACUCCUAUCCCCUCCCCCUUUCAAACUGCGGGCAACAAUCUCCUCAAGAAGACCAGACGAAGGGGACCAAGAUGAGAAACUGUCUCUACAAGCUACCAUUCUCCAAUAAAAUACUACAUGCACACACACACCCACACACAGACAUGAAUUCAUACAGUCCAACGCAGCAUCAUAACCAAAGACAAUUCAGUUCAUUUGAGACCUUGAUGAGACCUAAACAAGGUGUAAUGUCAAAGUAAGAGGAUCUAUCCUGUACAUAUUUAUGUUAUAAGUCGAUCAUAAUCAAGCUAUCAUCCUUUCUUAAAAGUCUGGAAUAGGAACUCCUCAUCAUUACAGUGCUAUGCAAACUGUAGUUGAAACAUCGACCCUUCUAUCAGCAGAAAGUGCUUCUUCUCCCAGACAGUAAAUGUGAAUAGGUGUAAGGUAAUGUAUCAUCGCUACGCUCCAGUAACUGGCAUAUAAAGCCAUAAGAGACAGAAACAAGAUGGCCUCCACCUGCACACGCAAUUCAACUUGUGUUAUGAUAAGUUACAAAACCCAUUCAUCAGCAAAAAUGGGUUUUAAAUGUAGAUAAGGCACUAGAACAAAGACUGAGCUGUUAAGUAUAGAGGGCACAACAUGAAAGACCUCAAGCUACUGGAGAGGACCAAUGUCAUGAAGCUACUGGAGAGGACCAAUGUCAUGAAGCUACUGGAGAGGACCAAUGUCAUGAAGCUACUGGAGAGGACCAAUGUCAUGAGAUCGGACCAGUUCAUUCUUAUAUGUCAAACAUCAAAGAAUUGUAAGGGUAACUUGUACAGUGAGGGAAAAAAGUAUUUGAUCCCCUGCUGAUUUUGUACGUUUGCCCACUGACAAAGAAAUGAUCAGUCUAUAAUUCUAAUGGUAGGUUUAUUUGAACAGUGAGAGACAGAAUAACAACAAAAAAAUGUAUGUCAAAAAUGUUAUUAAAAUGCAAAUCAAUUUAUGAGGGAAAUAAGUAUUUGACCCCCUCUCAAUCAGAAAGAUUUCUGGCUCCCAGGUGUCUUUUAUACAGGUAACGAGCUGAGAUUAGGAGCACACUCUUAAAGGGAGUGCUCCUAAUCUCAGCUUGUUAGCUGUAUAAAAGACACCUGUCCACAGAAGCAAUCAAUCAAUCAGAUUCCAAACUCUCCACCAUAGCCAAGACCAAAGAGCUCUCCAAGGAUGUCAGGGACAAGAUUGUAGACCUACACAAGGCUGGAAUGGGCUACAAGACCAUCGCCAAGCAGCUUGGUGAGAAGGUGACAACAGUUGGUGCGAUUAUUCGCAAAUAAUAAUAAUAAUAUGCCAUUUAGCAGACGCUUUUAUCCAAAGCGACUUACAGUCAUGCGUGCAUAAAUUUUUGUGUAUGGGUGGUCCCGGGGAUCGAACCCACUACCUUGGCGUUACAAGCGCCGUGCUCUACCAGCUGAGCUACAGAGGACCACAGUAUGGAAGAAACACAAUGGAAGAAACACAAAAGAACUGUCAAUCUCCCUCGGCCUGGGGCUCCAUGCAAGAUCUCACCUCGUGGAGUUGCAAUGAUCAUGAGAACGGUGAGGAAUCAGCCCAGAACUACACGGGAGGAUCUUGUCAAUGAUCUCAAGGCAGCUAGGACAAUAGUCACCAAGAAAACAAUUGGUAACACACUACGCCGUGAAGGACUGAAAUCCUGCAGCGCCCGCAAGGUCCCCCUACUCAAGAAAGCACAUAUACAGGGCCGUCUGAAGUUUGCCAAUGAACAUCUGAAUGAUUCAGAGAACUGGGUGAAAGUGUUGUGGUCAGAUGAGACCAAAAUCGAGCUCUUUGGCAUCAACUCAACUCGCCGUGUUUGGAGGAGGAGGAAUGCUGCCUAUGACCCCAAGAACACCACCCCCACCGUCAAACAUGGAGGUGGAAACAUUAUGCUUUGGGGGUGAUUUUCUGCUAAGGGGACAGGACAACUUCACCGCAUCAAAGGGACGAUGGACGGGGCCAUGUACUGUCAAAUCUUGGGUGAGAACCUCCUUCCCUCAGCCAGGGCAUUGAAAAUGGGUUGUGGAUGGGUAUUCCAGCAUGACAAUGACCCAAAACACACGGCCAAGGCAACAAAGGAGUGGCUCAAGAAGAAGCACAUUAAGAUCCUGGAGUGGCCUAGCCAGUCUCCAGACCUUAAUCCCAUAGAAAAUCUGUGGAGGGAGCUGAAGGUUCGAGUUGCCAAACGUCAGCCUCGACACCUUAAUGACUUGGAGAAGAUCUGCAAAGAGGAGUGGAACAAAAUACCUCCUGAGAUGUGUGCAAACCUGGUGGCCAACUACAAGAAACGUCUGACCUCUGUGAUAAGUCAUGUUUUGCAGAGGGGUCAAAUACUUAUUUCCCUCAUUAAAACGCAAAUCAAUUUAUAACAUUUUUGACAUGCGUUUUUCUGGAUUUUUUUGUUGUUAUUCUGUCUCUCACUGUUCAAAUAAAUCUACCAUUAAAAUUAUAGACAGAUCAUUUCUUUGUCAGUGGGCAAACGUACAAAAUCAGCAGGGGAUCAAAUACUUUUUUCCCCUCACUGUACGUAGAUCUCUUUAACUGACGAGCGACUGCAGUAAAGAUGCAGUGUUUAAGUCUGUAGCUUGGUCACAAACUCAUUUGAAACUCUUGUAGGUCUUUGGGCCACACAUUCUGGACAGAAGAAGAAGAAAAAGGAUGUUCUUGUGAAAUGUGAAUCAGAAAUUAAGUUAUUAAAAGCUUCUGUAGAAAACAAACCUCUUUGUGAAGUACUUAUUGAAUAAAUUCCCCUCAGUAUUGUCAUGUUCUGUACUUGCCAUUUAUUUCACAUUAAGAGAAAACCAUUCUUACAACAUUGUCUGAACAGUAUUGUAGAGGUGAAAAGCCCACUUAGUUAAAACUCAAGAUGACCUGGGAGAAGAAAGUUAAGUCCUGAUUAGAUUAUCCAAGAAAAAAAUGUGAGAAUGGUCCCAAGACAACGGAGGCAAAACAAGAUGUCAAGAAGAGAGUCACAAAAAAGAAACAUGACUUUCGUCAAUCCCUGAGUUUCUCCUCCACAUACUGGUACUUGAAAUAGUCUGUUAGCACCAUUAAGUGAAGGGAAGGUUGCCUAAGGGGGGACCAUUUGUACAAGGUCGUCCACAUACAGUACGGCUGUGUACUAACUCUUUGGAUAUACAGUGAAAUUAACACGAAUAUGAACAAACAAAGCAGCACAACCUGUGUAUAUCCGCAUGAAUGUCUGACAUAGUAUAGCCCUUCCUUGAAUAUGAAUACUAUGAAUAGAAAUUCAUCAUAAUUAUUCAAGAGACUUUGAGACAUGAUAUUCUUACACAUCAACCUUGAAAAACAUUACACACUUUAUGGCUUUGUUCAAACCCACAGGAAGUUUCAAUAAUAUUGUACUAAAGAGGAAUGAUUUCCACCUUCUAGAGCGGUCUUAGAAUGGAAGAACCUAUUUCACUUCAUCACAACCAUCUUGGAUUUUAUAUUAAGUCAAAUCUGUAUUAAUAAGGUACCAAGUCAAGUCUCUAUUAAUACCAAGUCAAGCCUGUAUUAAUAAGGUGUCAAGUCUAUUAAUAAGGUGUCAAGUCUGUAUUAUUAAGGUAUCAAGUCAAGUCUGUAUUAAUAAGGUAUCAAGUCAAGUCUGUAUUAUCAAGGUGUCAAGUCUGUAUUAAUAAGGUACCAAGUCUAUUAAUAAGGUGUCAAGUCAAGUCUGUAUUAUUAAGGUAUCAAGUCAAGUCUGUAUUAAUAAGGUGUCAAGUCUAUUAAUAAAGGUGUCAAGUCUGCAUUAAUAAAGGUGUCAAGUCUGCAUUAAUAAGGGGUCAAGUCUGUAUUAAUAAGGGAUCAAGUCUGUAUUAAUAAGGGGUCAAGUCUGUAUUAAUAAGGGGUCAAGUCUGUAUUAAUAAGGGGUCAAGUCAAGUCUGUAUUAAUAAGGUAUCAAGUCAAGUCUGUAUUAUCAAGGUGUCAAGUCUGUAUUAUCAAGGUGUCAAGUCUGUAUUAUCAAGGUGUCAAGUCUGUAUUAAUAAGGUACCAAGUCUAUUAAUAAGGUGUCAAGUCCAGUCUGUAUUAAUAAGGUGUCAAGUCUAUUAAUAAUGUGUCAAGUCUGCAUUAAUAAAGGUGUCAAGUCUGCAUUAAUAAGGGGUCAAGUCUGUAUUAAUAAGGGGUCAAGUCUGUAUUAAUAAGGGGUCAAGUCAAGUCUGUAUUAAUAAGGUGUCAAGUCUGUAUUAAUAAGGUGUCAAGUCUGUAUUAAUAAGGGGUCACGUCUGUAUUAAUAAGGGGUCAAGUCUGUAUUAAUAAGGGGUCAAGUCUGUAUUAAUAAUGUACCAAAUCAAGUCUGUAUUAAUACCAAGUGAAGUAUGUAUUAAUAAGGUACCAAAUCAAGUCUGUAUUAAUAAGGAACCAAAAAGCCUAAGGCACUAUGGUCCAUGUGACUGUAAAUCUCACUGUCAUGGCACAUAAAACGACAUAGACACAUCCAUCUGCCUAUUGCAAGGCAAUUGCAUGAUAGUCAGAGAUGCAUAUAUCACACAUUCACCUCAAGAUACCUGAAUAAUACUGAAUGAAAAAAGAUAAAAAGGGUGAAUGACUAAGAAGCUGAGGCCUCUGAAGAGUUAUCAGCUGAAAACAUAAGAACUGCGACAUUCCUAGAGGCCUAUAGCAGACUUAAGGUUAAGAACUGCGACAUUCCUAGAGGCCUAUAGCAGACUUAAGGUUAAGAACUGUGACAUUCCUAGAGGCCUAUAGCAGACUUAAGGUUAAGAACUGUGACAUUCCUAGAGGCCUAUAGCAGACUUAAGGUUAAGAACUGUGACAUUCCUAGAAGCCUAUAGCAGACUUAAGGUUAAGAACUGUGACAUUCCUAGAGGCCUAUAGCAGACUUAAGGUUAAGAACUGCGACAUUCCUAGAGGCCUAUAGCAGACUUAAGGUUAAGAACUGUGACAUUCCUAGAGGCCUAUAGCAGACUUAAGGUUAAGAAAAAAAGAAAACCAAAGUAGUGAGGCACAAGUUACCCUGUAUAUCUAUUUUUUGUGUAAUGCACUUAAAUGAUGCUGUGGAAAAUAAACCGGUAUCUGGAUGGCACUGUUCCCUCAACCCAAUAAUAGUUCACAGAUCAGCGGUAUGUUCAGAACACCUAGCUCAUCACUGCUUCAUUCAUUCCUGAACCAAAACAUCAGUUGUCAUGACACCAAACACAACACCCAAUGAGUCACACUCAAAAUGUGGUGGAACAGGUUUCCACCAAACCUUUUACUGGAAAAAACAAACAUUGUCCUUUAAAAUGUAACUUCCCCCUCUGAACGCUAAGUGAUGCAUAUUAUAAAACAAUACCGCAAAAAAAUAGAAAUGCUAUUUUAAAGGUGUCCUAGUGAGUUAGUAUUGUCCACCUUGGUCCUGAGCAGAGUGGUAGGGGAGCAGGGGGAGUUCUAUUCCCCUCUGUCCUCUUCACACAACAAGCUGUGCCUGAGUGAGGGAGUCUACUGA